GAGUUUGAGUGCUGCUGGGUUUAGGUCAUACUACAGAAUCAGGUAGGUGGGGCAAAACUUGAUACUUCCAUGUUUUCAUUGGUCUAUUGACAGACUCUGCUCCACCCCCAGAAUUACUAUGUAUUACUACCCAAGAAUUGUGGGAGGCUGCUUACCGUAAAAUAUUUGUCACACUCAGCCCACUCACUCUCAUAAGAUGACAAUCAGAAGCCACAUAUUUUUUUUCACUCACUCCCCUCCUUGCAUCCCUCUUAUCUCUACUUGCCUCUUUCUCCCAGCUCCCUCCUGCUGAUUGUCCCUGCUUGCAUCAUUGCAAGAAAGAAAGAGAGUGAAAAAGAAGCAGAGGGAAAGGCUGCAAGGGUGUAGUAUAAUAAUAAUAAUAAUAAUAAAUAGUUGAAGAGGGAGGGAAAGAGAGUAGGAGGGAGGUGAGAGGGGAGAAAGACAUGUUUUGAGUCAAGAGCAACUGGUUGCUGAGACUAAACAGCAAGAGAGAGAGAGAGAGCGAAAGGGAAGAAAGAGAGCGAGGGAAGGAGACAACGCUCCAGCUAGACACAAGAUGGCUACAGUCUCUUCUGAUUUAAAUGCUGCAGAGGACUCUUCUCUACCUGCCCGGCGCCUCCUGUUGCUGGGGUUCCAGGGCUCCGGUAAGACCUCAACUCUGAAUACUAUCUUGAGCCAGAAAAAAAACAAUUCCCAAACAGACCAACAACACUGGGUAAACAUACUCACCUGGCGGCUACUAAUCAUUGACACACCUGGAUGGAAGCUGGAAACUGAAGGAACGACUGACGAGUCAGACUCAAAGAAUCAGCAGUCCAUCACUGAUCGAUGUUCUCCUGGUCCUCAUGCCCUGCUGAUGGUGGUUCCUAUUGGAGUUCCGUUCACUGAACACCACUGGCAAGGUCUUUGGGCCCGAGUUCAGGCACUGGGAGCAGGGAUAUGGAGGCACACAAUAGUUUUGUUCACCUGUGAGGACCAGUUGCCACAGGACAUGGGUGUGGAGGAAUUUAUUGUGGAUGGCGGGGCAGCGCUGCAGAGGCUUGUGGAGAGGUGUGGCUGUAGGUACCAUGCCUUGGAUAACACCUGCUCAGACAAAAGUGCUCCGGUUGCAGAGCUUUUGCAGAAAGUGGAGGAGAUGGUGCAGGAGAAUCAAGGCUGGUUUUUUGAAAUGGCGCGGCCAAACCUUGGAUUUGGGGAUGAAGACACUGAAAAUGAAAGAGAAGAAGAUAGAGGUACAGAAGUGGAAGGGACAGCAGCAAUGUUUAGCUCUUCACCAAGAGAGUUGCGAGUGCUGUUAGUAGGCUGGAGUGGAGCAGGUAAGAGCUCUGCAGGAAAUCUUCUGUUGGGCUGUCGUGUGUUUGAAACAGGACGCCCCACUGAGGUGUCUGUCUGUCAUCAAGCAUUGGUUGCUGGUCAGUGCCUCACGGUUGUCGACACACCAGGCUGGGAUUGGUUCUCCGUCCAGCGCACACCGAGCAGCAUACGAAAACAAAUCAAACUAGGGGCAGGGCUUCUACAUCCUGGCCCACAUGUACUCUUACUGGUCAUCCCCGUGGUCUCCACCCUCACUCCCAAAAAGAGACAGGCCCUUAAGGGCCACUUGGAAAUGUUUGGCAAGGAGGCUUGUCAGCACACACUGGUGCUGUUUUCAUGUGGAGAUCGGCUGUAUGGGACAUCAAUUGAGGAUCACAUCCAGCGGGACAGAGGCGAGCUGCUGAAACUGAUGCAGCAUUGCUGGAACUAUUACCAUGUCCUGGACUGUACCAAAGCCAGCCAGGACAGGUCACAGGUGACUGAACUCUUGCGGAAAAUAGAGGAGAUGGUAGCAGAGAAUGGAGAGAAACCUUUCUUACCAGUCAAAUUGAACACAGAAUUAGACAAGGAGAAAAUGAGUGGAAGAUGCAUUCUGCAGUGAAGAAUAAGGUGACAUAACGUGAAUCUUAGAGGAAUGUAAAAAAAUUGUUUAUUACACAUAAGGCAGUGUUGUGCGGUGGUGUUGUAAACACACACACACACACACACACACACACACACACACACACACACACACACACAC